AUCACCAUGUACGCGGUGGGCGUUGGUAAAGCGGUGGAAGACGAGCUGCGUGAAAUCGCGUCUGAACCGACGGAGAAACAUUUCUACUACACGACCGAUUUCUCCGCCAUCAGCACCAUCGCAGAGAACCUCAAACUCAACAUCUGCCCAGCGGAGAGUCAGGGGGAGAUCGAGGUGAAGGACCCCUGUGCCUGUGAGAGUCUGGUGGAGUUCCAGCAGGCGACCAUGAGCAGCCUGGAGCAGCUCACUCAGAAACAUAUCCUUUAA